AUGAAGGCCAACCACAGCUCAGAGGAGCGCUUCCUCCUGCUGGGUUUCUCCGACUGGCCCUCCCUGCAGCCUGUCCUCUUCGCCCUUGUCCUUCUCUGCUACCUCCUGACUCUGACGGGCAACUCGGCGCUCGUGCUGCUGGCAGUGCGCGACCCGCGCCUGCACACGCCCAUGUACUACUUCCUCUGUCACCUGGCCCUGGUGGACGCGGGCUUCACCACCAGCGUGGUGCCGCCGCUGCUGGCGAACCUCCGCGGCCCGGCGCUGAGGCUGCAGCGCCACGGCUGCAUGGCCCAGCUGUGCGCGUCCCUGGCGCUGGGCUCGGUCGAGUGCGUCCUCCUGGCCGUGAUGGCGCUGGACCGCGCCACCGCAGUGUGCCGCCCGCUGCGCUACACCGGGCUCGCCUCGCCGCGCCUCUGCCGCGCGCUGGCCGGCGCCUCCUGGCUCGGCGGCCUCACCAACUCUGCAGCGCAAACGGCACUCUUGGCUGCGCGGCCGCUGUGCGCGCCCCUCCGGGUGGACCACUUCAUCUGCGAGCUGCCCGCGCUGCUCAAGCUGGCCUGCGGCGGCCACCGAAACGCCACCGAAGGCCAGAUGUUCGCCGCCCGCGUGCUCAUCUUGCUGGUGCCGUCCGCCGUCAUCCUGGCCUCGUAUGGCGCCGUGGCCCGCGCUGUGUGGGGCAUGCGGUCCAGCGGGGGCCGGAGGAAAGCGGUGGGCACGUGUGGGUCUCACCUGACAGCCGUCUGCCUGUUCUACGGCUCAGCCAUCUACACCUACCUGCAACCCACGCACAGCUACAACCAGGGGCAGGGCAAGUUCGUUUCGCUUUUCUACACUGUAGGCACACCGGCCCUCAACCCGCUCAUCUACACCCUCAGGAAUAAGGAAGUGAAGGGGGCAGCGAGGAGGCUCCUAGGGAGUCUGGGGAGAGGGCAAGCUGGACAGUGA